AUGUCAAGAGUCAGGAAUGGAGAGAUUACUCAAGAAGUCAAGGUUUUAUCCAGGGAUGGGAAAUCAUCAUUAGGUAUCGAAUAUGUCGAGAUCAAUAUCGAAGGGAGCAAGACCAUGAUUCUUGUUAGCCAUGGACAACAAAGAACACUAGAUCAGAAAUCAGUAGAUCAGUGGAGAACAUGGGGUACCGAAUGGGGGCUCUCGAUUCUUCUCCAUAACUACCCUGGAUACGGAAAUACACCCGGCCCUGUUACCGAGGACAGGAUCAUGGCAGAUCUUGAGAAGCUCGUAGAGAUGCUAAAGGCAAAGUCCUGGGAGGAGGAGCAAAUAUGUUUGCUUGGAAAUUCCGCUGGCUGUGGACCAACAAUAGCGCUUGCGGCCAGGGAGAAGUAUCGCUUCAAGAAGGUCGUUCUCAUAUCUGCCUACACCAGCUGUGUUGCGUGGGGACCCAAUUGGACAUCAUUCAUGAGGGGUUCCCGGUUUGACGUUUUUGUAUCGACCAAGGCUAUGGACAAGUUGCGGGAUCGGCAAGUUCUCAUGGUCUGUGGAAAGGCCGAUACAGUCAUACCUUAUUCUAAUUCAGAGGAAUUGUUUAGAUUACUCGGAAAGUACAGUAAAAACCACGAAAAGAAUCGUCUUUGCACCUUACCGAAAGGAAACCACGUAUACACUCGGCUCAAAGCUAUGAAAGCUAUUGCUUACUUUGUGAACGAUGAGACUCAUCUUCUGGAUCAAGAAUUACAAGCGUUGGAAGAAGGGGUGUCUUUAGAAACACGGAAUUCUUACUUGGACUAG